AAAACCCUAGAGCACAAACCCUAAAUCCUCGUCGGGGCCGCUGGACUGCCCCGAGUUUGCAGGUUCCGAAACCAUGGAAACGCUCGAGGCGUAGGCUCCGUCGUUGGAGGAAGCGAAUCGGACGAUGAUGUAUUUGACCUUUUUCUGAAUUGUUGCUUGUAUCAGAGUUGGGUUCAGCCGCCGAAACGGUUCAGAAACGAUUCCACUAUGUUGGGCUGGGCAUUUUUAAUCCGACCCAUGAACCCAUGUACUAUGGCGGGAAUUCUUGGCGCCAUUACCGCGAAAACCCCAUCCCACGCGGGUGUUGUUAUAUAUAGACCCGCUCUCUCCUUUUUCAAAACCUCAAAUGGUCAAAUUUUCUGUAACUACUCAUCUCGUAACCCUUCUCUCAAUCGUUUGCUAAGAAUGGCCCAGCACGAUCCACAGUGUAGAAGCCCUGAAAUCGAAGAGCCGGCACCGAAAAUUCAGAAGCUUCACCAAAAUGGCGUUUCUCAAGACUCCCAAUGCCCCCUCUCUCUUCUGAGAGUGAAGAAGCUUUCAGAAAGGGCUGUUUUGCCUUCAAGGGCUUCUCCUCUCUCCGCUGGUUACGAUCUCUCCAGUGCAACGGAGACCAAGGUACCGGCAAGAGGAAAAGCUCUGGUUCCAACAGAUUUAAGCAUUGGAAUACCGGAAGGAACAUAUGCCCGCAUUGCUCCGCGGUCGGGUCUAGCAUGGAAACACUCCAUUGAUGUUGGGGCCGGUGUGAUUGAUGCCGACUACAGAGGACCUGUUGGGGUCAUCUUAUUCAAUCACUCAGACGUUGAUUUUGAAGUGAAAGUUGGUGAUAGAAUUGCUCAACUGAUAAUCGAGAAGAUUAUAACUCCUGAAGUUAUGGAGGUCGAGGACUUGGAUUCUACAGAGAGAGGUGUGGGAGGGUUCGGAUCUACCGGUGUCUGAACCUCCUACGCAUAUGGGUGGGCGUGUGUUGUAGUUUUCUUUAUCCUUUUCUUGUGGGGUUGGGAGUAGGCUGGUCGGGCGUUGAGAGACGCGUGGGACAAGCUGGUUGAGUAAUCGUGUAGAACAGAUGGUGGGCUAGCCUUUUGCUCUGUAUGGCACUGCAACUUUUGGAUACUAGUAGUAAAGCACAAACACGGUGGGCUAGUCGCUAGACUGUUGCCCUAUGGGCUCUACUAUCUUGGCAAAACUAAUGGAAGUAGACAAUUAUUACUGUAGUUCAGUGGUUUAUAUUUUGCAUGAUUUGAACAUAAUGCAGGUGGUCUAAAUUCUAAUG